ACAACGAAACGCACACACGUGCACGUGCAAGAAGAUAGCGCCCACCGCGGUAUAAUAUCGACGGUCGCGGGUAAACGCGGAGUCAGUUGUUUUGGUGUACGGCAGCGCAGCAGCAGGUGUAUACAAACGGACGGUGCCCAUAUCUUCGUGCCCCUUCAAUUAAUCGUUCACCACCGACUAUCGCCUAAGGAAUUACAUCACGACGCACUUGAGCGACGCUUCACAUUCUCGCCAGCAGAGGUUCAGUGGACUCGCCCUUGAAAAGUCGAUCGAGAUGUUUCUAACGCUGUUGGUAACGCUUGCCUGCAUCGGCCUUCUCUGGAUGGUGCUAACCAUCAUUCGGAACCGUGCUACCGUGGCCAAGCUGGACAAACAGCUUGCGAACUUUGGCGUCGUCCCGUCCGUUCUCGUGCUGGGAUCGGCAUACCACUUUAAAGAUCCAACGCCGGAAGGAAUCUUUGCCACCUUUACCGGGUUCCACCGGAAGUAUGGACGGAAUCUCAUCACGCAGAGUCUGUUCAAUUUUCCCUCGAUCCAGAUCUGCGAUCCGAAGGUGAUCGAACAGGUGAUGCAAGCGCGCACGAUCGAAAAGACGAUCAUCUACGACUUUAUGAUGCCGUGGCUCGGUUCCGGACUCGUUGUAUCAACCGGGGCGAAGUGGGCCCAGCGCCGGAAGAUCAUUACGCCAACGUUUCACUUUAAAAUUCUGGAAGACUUUCUGGUGAUCAUGAACCACCAGACGGACGUGUUGAUCGAGAAGCUGCGGCAGAACACGAACGGGAAGGAUUUCGACCUGUACGAGCACGUGACGUACUGUGCGCUGGACAUCAUUUCGGAGUCGGCGAUGGGCGUGAAACUCAACACACAGAUUCAACCCAACUCGGAAUAUGUGAAGGCCGUGAAAGAAGUCUCGGAUAUCAUUCUCAAGCGUCUGUUCUCGUUCCUGCGCGAGUACAAGUGGGCAUUCCAGUUCACGAAGGCUCACCGGCGUCAGGCGGAACUCCUGAAGGUUGUGCAUGGUUUCGCUCAUCGGGUGAUAAGCGAACGCAAGAAGCAACUGCAGGACGUCCGCGAACGUCAACGAGCACAGGAAAAGCUCGAAGAGGACGACAUCUACGGCAAGCGCCGUAUGACCCUCCUGGACCUGCUGCUAAACGUCGAGAUCGACGGUAAACCGCUGACGGAUUCGGACAUUCGCGAAGAAGUGGACACUUUCAUGUUUGCCGGGCACGAUACGACCACGUCCUGCAUCAGCUUCGCCCUGUACUAUCUCUCGCGUGACGCUGCCGUCCAGCAGCGUGUGUACGACGAGAUACAGGCCAUCGUCGGUCCGGAUGCGAAAACCCAGGAGCUGACGUACGGUACGCUGCAGGAGCUGAAGUACCUCGACAUGGUGAUCAAGGAAACGCUGCGCAUCAAUCCGUCCGUACCGAUCAUUGGCCGCCGAUCGGCUGGGGACAUGCUUAUCGAUGGUGUUACGAUACCGAAGGGUAUGGAUUUCGGCAUCAUUAUCUACGCGCUGCAGAACGAUCCUGAGCUCUAUCCCGACCCGGCACGCUUCGAUCCGGAACGGUUCAGUGAGGAAGCGUCAGCCAAGCGGCCACCGUACAGCUACAUCCCGUUCAGUGUCGGAUCGCGCAACUGUAUCGGGCAGCGGUAUGCAAUGCUAGAGGUCAAAACGAUGCUGGUGAAACUUUUGGCCAAUUAUCGCUUUUUGCCCUGCGACGAAAGCAAUAGGCUGCGUAUCAAAACGGACAUGACGCUCAAACCGGUCAAUGGGACGUUUGUGAAGAUUGUCCCACGGUAAGCGUUCGAUCGGGUGGUGCGAUAAGAUUAGAUUAGCGACAUCACGAUACCUGCGUUUCGUGAAGUUUAUGCGUACAGUGAACCGGAAAUGAUCCGUUUGUAAUGCUUUUUGUAAUGAUUGUGUACUAAUAAACGAGAGUAUUGAUGUUUUCCUUCCAUGUAA